UGAAUAAAAACUACUAGAAAAAAGUUACUUGUUUCUUAUAUAGUUAUAAUGAAUAAAUGUUAGAAUAACAAGUUUUACUUUAAAUAUACAAAAAUGAUCAUAUCAAAAUAUAAGUUCAUUUCCGAGUGGUCCUUGUUGAUUUUUCUUCUGUUGCCAUUUCGGGGCUUCAGUCAGGUUAAUGGCAGCAACAACAACAGCAAUGCAUUUCGUAUUAAUACAAAUCUAAAAGAGAUCGAUGCCACAACAUUAGUUUUGCCCUCCAUUCAGGGUCAGGUUCAAUUACAAAAUAUUGUCACUGGCCCUGGUAAUAUUUGCAUACGGGAAGAGCCCUAUGUGGAGGUAAUACAAGUGCCUGAAAUGCAACCAGUGCGUGUACGCUCAUCCAGUUGGUGCCUAGAGAUUCCACCACGAUGUGCCACAUACAAGACGGAAAUGCGCGAAGUGAUGAAGGUGCAGAGUUUGAAUAAAACUCGCACAGUGCGAUUUUGCUGCCAAGGCUAUGAGGGCAAUCUUUCCGAUAGUCAGGCCACCUGUAAGCCCAUAUGCAGAGGCGGCUGUGGGCGUGGCAGCUGCGUUAUGCCCGACAUCUGCAGCUGUGAGGAAGGCUAUACGGGCAAACAUUGUACCCAAAGAUGUGAUCACGAUCGUUGGGGUUUGGACUGUCGGAAUCCUUGCCAGUGUCAGAAUGGAGCUGCCUGUGACAACAAGACGGGUCUGUGCCAUUGCACAGCUGGCUGGGCUGGACAAUUUUGCGAGCAAACAUGUCCAGUGGGUACCUAUGGCGUUAUGUGUCGCAAGGCUUGCGAUUGUGGUGAUAAUAUGUCUUGCCAUCCCCAAUCAGGAUCAUGUCUGAUACAAGAGCAUUCCAUGCCUCUUAAUGUUAGCCAUGUCAUUGUAGAGACUGUAAACUCAACUCUGGAGAAAAUGGGUAUUAUUCCCAGACCUGUCAUACCGAGUCCCCUGCCUGAGGUAAUACUCAUUAAGCAGCCAUCCCAAGAUGAUGGUCAGCAUACGCCGAAAAUCAUAGUCCAUCAGUCACUGGAGAAUCUUCAUGCAGCCACCGCGGCUGGAAGUUUGCCAGCCUCUGAUGUUAUACAUGUGAUCACCAAUGCGGCUCCAUCUCCUCAGGAACAUCUCGCCGGUUUUGUGACUGGCGAAACGUCGAGUCCCGGCAAAAGUUCAAACGAUCAUGAAUCCGGUCUGCUGACCAUGUUAAUUGUCAUGGUUCUUCUGCUGCUGACUGCUCUCACAUUGGGCACGCUCUAUGUAUUUCGAAGGUAUCAUCAUAAAGAGGCUAUCGUCUAUAAUGCCAAUGGCACAGUCACCACACAAGCCUCAAAUCCUGAAGUCGUUCUCACUGAGGCCGCAGCACUUGGAAAAAAUUUUCAAGAACCACUGCCCCAACCACCAAAUGGGCCUGUUGCCAUAUUGGAAACAAAUGAGGUGGAUUUGUAUGACACACCCAGCAACAAUUCAUCGAUCAAGACACCGCCCUAUGCCUAUGCAAGGAAGGAAUCUCUGUACUCAGUCGUCUCGCCCAAGUCACGCAAGGGCAGUUUGGAUUCGCAUUUAUACGAUGAGAUACGCUACCAUCAGCAGCAGCAGCAACAGCAGCAACAUCGUCAGCAACAUCAUUUCCAGCACUCAACCACAGCAGCUGCUUACUUGCCCCCAGCUCAGCAGUCAUCACUCAUAAUGCAAUCCAAUGGCCAUUCCAUAGGUCAUCUGGGCCAUCAUCAGUCGCAUCACCAUGUUAGCCAUUUGAUAAUUCCGCCACAGAACUCUAAUUUUUUGCAAGUGCCCACACACAUUACAGCCAAGAAAAUAGCCCAUUUGUAAGAUCAUUCCAUAAAUAAGAAAUAUUUCUAUAAAUACUUAUACUUAUACAUAUAUAUUAUUAGGGUACAUGUCAUAACGCCCAGUGUCAUAAGGCCCUUGGGCCUUAUGACACACAUUUUGCGACAUAAAGCCCACGGGCGCAAUGACACUUUUAAAUGUGACAUAAAGCACGCCGGACUUUAUUUCACUUUUUUAUGGGCGUUAUGACACGAUUAAAGGGC